AGUCUCCCGCCAGUUGAAUCCAAAGAAAAUCUGGCUCUCUGCAUUUGGUUCGUCAGUCUACACACUUCUUAGCCGGAGCUUAACGGAAUUGCAACCGGAGUUGAUAACACAACAGCAAACGGAGGUGUUGUUAUUAUUAUUAUUAAUGCUGCGGUUUAGUUUCUCAUGGCACUCACACUUUCAGAUUGUGCUAGUGGGAAGCAAUUGGGGUAUGUAAUUAUCUUCAACUCUGGAGGGGGACAUCAGGUUGCUUCUGAUAGAAGAAUGAGGUUCACCCAUUUUCUUUUGAACAUAUCGAAAACGCAUAUAAGAUCCAAGCACAAGUUUGCAAAAAAACUGGUAAAACAAAUAGAUGUGGAUGACAUUCAAAGUAAUUUUGCGGGGUCAAAGUUGUUUACUCAGGCAUCAGCGCUGAUGGGUUAUGAUGGUUUUGAUGACUUAAUUGAGAAUGGAACAGUUGAAAAGCUAUGUGGUCUCGAAGAUGCUAUUGAUGACAUUGAUCUCAACUUGGUGUGUAAAAGGUUUCCUUCAAUUGUUUUGGGUAGUUCUCCUCCUGUGAAACUAUAUGAUGAGACUGCAGAGAAAUCUGAAAUGAAGAGCCUUCUAGCAGCUGAAACUUAUAGAGGAAUUGUCUCAGAUGCUCUGGGUAUGAAAUGGGUUGAUCCUGAUGAGUUUUAUGAAGAGUUGUCUUAUGAGGACGUCCCUCCAAGUUCAAAAUCUUCCAUAGCUAAACAAGAAAAAGAUGAGAGUCCAUGUGUAAUUACUGAGCCAAGAGAACAAAAAGUCUAUUUGUCAAAAGAAUCAAAAGAGGAAAAUGUCAAUAUUUUACCAUUACAUCCUGAGGAUUUGCCUUCAGAAGCAGAAGAUAAUUUAGAUCAUAAAAUUAGCAUGAAGGUUUCUUCUACGAAAGUUGUGCCCGAAUCAAUAUUAAGUGGCGCGCUUCUUGAUACACCUAUUAGUUGCAUUCCUGGGUUAAGUAAGAGACAAUGCAACCAGCUGGAGAACUGUGGAUUUCACACGUUUCGGAAAUUGCUGAACCAUUUUCCUCGAACAUAUGCUGAUUUGCAAAAUGCACAAGUUGGAGUUAAUGAUGGACAGUAUUUGAUUUCUGUUGGGAGAAUUUUAUCUUCCAGGGGAAUUAAAGCCAAUUCUUAUUUAUCAUUUCUUGAGGUAGUUGUGGGUUGUGAGGUUGCAGAUGAUUCUCAGCAAAAGGACAUUGAUAAUGAAAGAAGAAAAACCAUUUAUUUGCAUUUGAAGAAUUUUUUUCGAGGUGCUCGUUUCACUUAUCAACCUUUUUUGAAGUGUCUUGAAAACAAGCAUAAGCUGGGAGAUGUUGUUUGCGUUAGCGGCAAGGUUAAGACUAUGAGCACCAAAGAUCACUAUGAAGUGAGAGAAUAUAAUAUUGAUGUGCUGAAGGAUGAUGAUGACUCGUCUCUUCAUCCAGAAGGGAGGCCAUAUCCUAUAUACCCUUCAAAGGGAGGCUCAAAUCCUAACUUUCUUCGGGACAUUAUUGCGAGAGCUGUACAAGCCUUGGGUCCGGGUAUUGAUCCUAUUCCAAAAGAAAUCACUCUGGAGUUUGGACUUUUAAAUCUUCAUGAUGCAUAUAAUGGGAUUCACCAACCGAAGAAUGCGGAGGAGGCUGAUUUGGCUCGUAGAAGACUUAUAUUUGACGAGUUCUUUUAUCUGCAGUUAGCACGCUUAUUCCAAAUGCUUGAGGGUCUGGGAACUAGAAUGGAGAAAGAUACAUUACUGGACAAGUAUAGAAAACCUGAAUCAAAUGCUCUUUUAAUGGAGGACUGGUCCAGUCUUACCAAGAAACUUUUGAAGGCCCUUCCAUUUUCGCUUACUUCUAGCCAGCUAAGUGCUAUUUCAGAGAUCAUAUGGGAUCUAAAGCGACCUGUGCCUAUGAAUCGACUUUUGCAGGGUGAUGUUGGAUGUGGAAAAACGGUGGUCGCUUUUUUGGCGUGUAUGGAAGUUAUUGGCUCUGGUUAUCAGGCAGCUUUCAUGGUUCCUACUGAGUUGCUUGCUGUCCAGCAUUAUGAGCACUUGCUUAAUUUGCUAGAGAAGGUGGAUGAGGAAAAAUUCAAGCCUGCUAUUGCUCUCCUAACAGGUUCAACAUCAUUGAAACAAGCGCGGAUGAUCCGUAAGGAUCUCCAAAGUGGAGACAUCUCCAUGGUCAUUGGAACACACAGUUUAAUCUCUGAGAAUGUAGAAUUCUCUGCUUUGCGUAUAGCUGUGGUGGAUGAGCAACAUCGCUUUGGUGUGAUCCAGAGAGGAAGAUUUAAUAGUAAGUUAUUUAAAACUUCUUUAAGUUCAAUAAUGGAAGCAACAAAUGUCAACGGGUCCUCAAAAGGUGAUGUCUAUAUGGCCCCGCAUUUUCUUGCUAUGUCAGCCACUCCCAUCCCGAGGACACUUGCUUUGGCAUUGUACGGAGACAUGUCUUUAACUCAAAUUACUGAAUUGCCUCCAGGAAGAAUUCCAGUUGAAACACUAGUAGUUGAAGGAAAUUUCCAGGGCUUUGAGGAAAUCUACAAGAUAAUACUUGAGGAAUUAAAAUCAGAAGGAAAAGUGUAUCUUGUGUACCCGGUCAUUGAACAGUCUGAGCAGCUGCCUCAGCUUCAUGCUGCUUCUGCUGACUUUGAAGUUAUAUCAGGCAGGUUUCCAGGUUACAAGUGUGGACUGUUGCAUGGUAAAAUGAAGAGUGAUGAAAAAGAUGAUGCACUGAGACGAUUUAGAUCCGGAGAAACGCAGAUUCUUCUUUCCACUCAAGUGAUCGAGGUUGGUGUCGAUGUUCCAGAUGCAUCCAUGAUGGUUGUCAUGAAUGCUGAGAGAUUUGGAAUUGCUCAACUACACCAACUCAGGGGACGAGUUGGACGUGGAGCAAGGAAGUCCAAAUGUAUAUUGAUGGCAUCCACAAGCAGUAGCCUUAACCGUCUAAAGGUCCUGCAGAAGUCAUCCGAUGGUUUUUACUUGGCAAAUGCUGAUCUUCUUCUACGUGGACCUGGUGAUUUGCUUGGCAAAAAGCAGUCAGGACACCUGCCUGAGUUUCCUAUUGCGAGACUGGAAAUAGACGGGAAUAUUCUGCAAGAAGCACAUGAUGCUGCACUGAAAAUUUUAAGUGAUUGUCAUGAUUUGGAGCGAUUUCCGAAACUCAAGACGGAGCUUAGCAUGCGACAGCCACUUUGUCUUCUAGGUGAUUGAUAUAUAUCAAAAAGUGGAGAGGUUUUGCUCAAUCUUGUAAAUAAAAUCUGUGAUUGUAGCUUCAGGCAAAUUAGAUUUGAUGUAAAUGUUGUAGUGGUAGUUUCAAAUGUAGUUUGGUUCGGUCUCUCUGUUGCUGUUAUUUCUACAAUUUUAUUUUCGGAUACUGCUUUGGAUCUGCAGAUGACCAAAGAAAAAGGAACAAGUGGUCAUCAUUGCUCUUGAAAUCGUAUGUCAUGAUAAAUUAACUUGCA